AUGGACAUAAGAUCUAUACUGAACUCGCCAUGUGGCGAUAGUCGCAAUUAUCGCCAUCCAGCUUCAUCGCCUCUAGUAUCUGCCCAAUGCCGUUUGGCUCCUGUUGCCAUCGCUAAGAGAGAGAAGAUAGCCAAAGACGCCCCAGUCUUUUCGGAAAGCAACAAGGUCGUGGGCUAUGUUAACUACCCACCGCACGAAGCUGGGAGCGACUGCGAUCUCGCGGCUCGUCAUCGGCAGUUUUGUGUAUUUCCACUGGGUCAGAUUCACAAGAAGGGUGUACGGCACAUCCCUUACAACAGCGACAAGAAGGACUUCCUUGAAAAAACUGGGCGCGAGGCUUUCGAGGUUUUCCAAUAUACAUUCAAGAGACCUGGAGAAGAUAAGGAGUAUGUUGUGGUGUGGGACUACAACGUAGGUCUUGUUCGCAUGACGCCGUUCUUCAAGUCAUGCAAGUACUCAAAAACCGUACCAGCGAAGGCGCUGAGAGAGAAUCCCGGGAUGAAGGACAUCAGCUACAGUAUUACUGGAGGUGCUCUGGUUUGCCAAGGCUACUGGAUGCCAUACCAAGCUGCCAGAGAGAUCGCGGCAACGUUCUGCUGGGACAUUCGCUGGGCACUCACGCCUGUCUUCGGUAAUGACUUUCCUCAGAUCUGUUGGCCUCCUGAGCACCCGCGCUUCUCUAAGUUCGCCAUCGACCCCCGGAUCGUCAGCUUCUGUACCGAAGAGACGGCUCGCUUCAGGAAGGAGGGUGCCGCAUACCAGUUUCUGCAGCUGCAGGCACCAUCGCCAGUCAUGACUCCACUAUUGCCGCCGGUGUUGUCUUCACCGAUAUGGAAGCAUGCUGGCCGUCCGGGGGAUCUCGAGAGUGGCUACGGCAGCGAUGUCGAGCGAAAUGACAACCUCACGCUCUCAGUCGCCCAGGUGUCUCCACGAAGUCAAUUUAGCCGCUUCACUCCUAUCAAUGAAGCAGAGAGGCCUAGAUCACCACAUACAGCGUACCCCUCAGGCUUGAGCUCUCCGUUUGGUGAGCACGCUCAACUUACGCCGGUGCGGCCAACGUCCAACCCUGAUGGGUACUACAACAAGAGCUUUCGAACAAAGCGCACGCAUUCCAAAUUUUCAUCUAGUGUCAGCGGAUGUGGUGUCGAGCAAGUCGGUUCGCCCACAAUGCAUGCAGUAAACUCUGCCAAGGGGGUCGGCGAGAGCCGUUCAGAACAGGACCGUCGAUACCUGGAAGCAGCCGAGGCGUUGAUAAUGCUGUCGAGGGGUGGUGCAGUGGUGUUGCCAGAACCGAAGCGUACUCGUCCAGACUCCAGACACUGA